GUCUGCCUAGUGUUCAUGGUUGGUGAAGUGAUCGGUGGCUAUGCAGCACACAGUCUGGCAGUCAUGACGGACGCAGCGCACCUGCUCACUGACUUCAGCAGCAUACUGGUCAGCCUCUUCUCCCUGUGCCUCUCCUCCAGACCCCCCUCCAAAGCCAUGACGUUUGGUUGGCAUCGCUCAGAGAUCCUCGGCGCUCUGUUCUCCGCCCUCUCCAUUUGGGCUGUAACUGCGGUGCUGGUCUUCAUUGCCAUUCAGAGGAUCCUCCGUGAUGACUAUGAGAUCCACAGUGGCAUCAUGGUCAUCACCUCCGGCUGUGCAGUAGGGGUCAACAUCAUCAUGGCCCUUAUCCUCCAUCAGUCCCCAUCCUCCCACGGCCACAGUCACGGCCUGUCACAUGGCCACAGUCACGGCUGCGCACAGGCAGCAGGUAACCAUGGCAACGCCAGUGUGCGAGCAGCGUUCAUCCAUGUGGUGGGAGACCUGCUGCAGAGUCUGGGAGUCUUCCUGGCUGCCCUCAUCAUCAGCCGUUGGCCUGAAUAUAAAAUAGCUGAUCCUAUCUGCACCUUCCUGUUUUCUGUGUUUGUGCUUGCGACAACCAUCACCAUUCUGAGGGACAUCUUCAGUGUACUCAUGGAAGGUGCCCCACAGGGCCAUGAAUUUGACUCGGUGAAGGAAGCUCUGCUUACAGUGAGCAGUGUCCGAGCUGUGCAUGACCUCCACAUGUGGACUCUUACAUUAAACCACACACUACUGUCAGCUCAUCUGGCUAUUGAAGACUCAGCCAAUCCUCAGCAGGUCCUGAUGGACGCCACAGAUCUGCUUCAGUCCAAACACAGCUUCCGCAGUAUCACCAUCCAGAUUGAGCCCUACUCCAGUGACAUGGCCUUCUGUUCUAAGUGUGUGGGGCCCAUGGACUGAGAACCCCCCAAAAUCCCGGGAGUCGAGAGAGCAUACCCUCUGCGGUACAAGAACUUCAAGCCGGAUAAUCUGUCCUGAAGCAUGUUGGGGGUUUUUUUUCCACGGCUGUUGACAACCCACACAUCUGCUGGCUUGUACCGAAUUUACAGCUUAUCUGUGUGUAGGUCAGAAGUUCACUCUCCGCUGUGUGUGUGAGCUCCCCUGAGUGUUUGUGAUAAUUUUCCAGCUCAGUGGGAAAGCUCCUCAUUCUAUCAAUAUUAGCCUUUCUGUGAAGAUAAGGACUGACAAGGUCAGCUACUCCAAUAUGACAAAAAUAAUACUGUCAAACUGCAGUUUAAUGGGUAUGGGGAUUUGGGUAGUGAAGAUCUCUCUUUAUGUAACUUUUAAGUUAUUACACAAAGGUGCAAUGUUCUACUUCUGAUAGACAGUCACUGUACACUGAAGCUUACACUCUUUAGAUUUUGGAUCAUACUAUAGAUGAUUCGACAGGUCUGACUCUUUUGUCCCAAACCGAUUUCAGAAAGAAAUCUUACACCUCCACAUGAGGUUCAAAAGGAUACACACUCUAUUAUACUGAGUUUUAAAAGAGAAAAUAUAUAUCUAUAUUUUCAUAUAACCUGAUUAACUGAUGGUACUGAGUAGAAAAUGUACUUCAAUGAUACAAAGAGACAUUUGAAUCAAUUUAUAUUUAUUUCCAUGACCAUUCACUU